UCAGUCGACAUUGGUAUUUGUUACGGAAAUAGUACCAUCCUCCAGUAAUCAGUCGACAUCUACGAUUGACGUCUCAAUUAAACUCCCCCUCACUCGAUUGUGCAGUGAUCUUGUCUCAUGCCAGUUGCCCUCAAGCUCCACUUCGACUAGCGCACAAGAGCGACCUUCACGGACCCCGUGCCCCGGACGCCGGCCUUAUCCAUUCCAUCGACCGGCAUGGCCGUCGCUAUGCCUCACGUCAUGGUGCUGCCGUUCCCGGCGCAGGGCCACGUCACCCCGCUCAUGGAGCUGUCGCACCGCCUCGUCGACCACGGCUUCCAGGUCACCUUCGUCUGCACCGAGCCCGUCCACAAGCUAGUUCUCGACGCCCUGCGGCAGAACGGCGGCGGCGAGGCGCUGGACGUGAUCCGCCUGGUCUCCAUACCGGACGGCCUGGCCGACGGCGACGACCGCAGGGACCUCUGCAAGUUUCUCGAUGGGGUCUCGCGGUGCAUACCAAGCUAUGUCGAGGAUCUCAUCAGGGAGACGAAGGUGAGGUGGCUCGUCGGCGACGCCAACAUGGGGAUGUGCUUCGAGGCUGCCAAGAAGCUCGGCGUCCGGGUCGCCUGCGUCUUCCCGGCGUCCGCGGCGGGCCUUGGGACGUUGCUCCGGCUUCCCCAGCUGAUAGAAGACGGCUUCUUCGAUGACAAGGGCUUCCCGAAACGACGAGGCGCGUUCGAGAUCGCCCCCAACAUGCCGCCGAUGUACACGUCGCACAUGCCGUGGAGCAUCGACGGCGCCGCCGAGGGGCAGGAGGUAUCCUUCCGGCUGGUGUCCCGCAACACCCAGGCGACGAGCCUCGCCGAGAUCGUCGUGUGCAACUCGUUCCUCGAAGCCGAGGCCGCGGCGUUCGAGCUGUUCCCCAGCAUAGUGCCCAUCGGGCCGCUGUUCGCCGACCAGGAGUUCCGGAAGACCGUCGGGCAGUUUUUGCCGGAGGACACGGGGUGCCUGAAGUGGCUCGACGCCCACCCCGAUGGCUCCGUCGUGUACGUGGCGUUCGGCAGCUUCACUGUCUUUGACCCGCGGCAGUUCCGUGAGCUCGCCGAGGGGCUGGAGCUCACCGGCAGGCCGUUCUUCUGGGUGGUGCGCCUGGACUUCACGACCGGCGGCCUGAGCAAGGCGUGGUACGACGAGUUCACGAACCGCGUCGUCGUCAACGGCAGUGGCAUGAUGGUUAGCUGGUGUCCCCAGCAGCAGGUCCUCGCGCACCGCGCGGUGGGGUGCUUCGUGUCGCACUGCGGUUGGAACUCGACGAUGGAGGGGGUCAGAAAUGGCGUGCCGAUCCUGUGUUGGCCGUACUUCGUCGACCAGUUCGCAAACCGGAGCUACAUCUGCGACAUCUGGAGGACCGGAAUGGCCGUGACGCCCGGUGAAGACGGCGUCGUGACGAAGGAGGAGGUGAUCGCUAAAUUGGGAUUGGUUAUCGGUGACAAGGGAAUUGCGGAGAGGGCACGUAUGCUCAGGGAUGCAGCUCGCAAUAGCCUCAAAGAGGGCGGCUCCUCGUAUGAGAAUUUCAAGAGAUUUGUCGAUCUUCUAAGGGAAUGAGGGCAUUUUUUUCAUGUGAUAGUCUCUAUGAUCUGUUGAUCUAUAUGAUUUUCUAAGAAAGCGUAAAUCAUGGAAAGUUAGUGCCUGUUCCGAGA